UCUUCUCCAUAUAACUUUUUUAUAAAACCAAAAUGGUCCAAAAUAUUGAUCAAAGAGCUGUUGAUACUGUUCGUUGUCUCGCUGCUGAUGUAGUUAAGGGUGCCAACUCUGGCCAUCCUGGUGCUCCUAUGGGUUGUGCUCCCAUGGCCCAUGUCUUGUUCAACAAGUUCAUGACUUAUAACCCCAAGAACCCCAAGUUCAUCAACCGCGAUCGUUUCGUUCUUUCCAACGGUCACGGAUGUGCUCUUCAAUAUAUCAUGCUCCAUAUCUCUGGUUAUGAUGUUUCUUUGGAAGAUCUUAAGCAAUUCCGUCAAUUAGACUCAAAGACUCCUGGUCAUCCCGAAGCUACUGACACUCCCGGUAUUGAAGUCACCACUGGUCCUUUGGGUCAAGGUGUUUCAAACGCUGUUGGUUUAGCUGCCGCUGAAGCUCAUUAUGCUGCCACCUUCAACCGUCCCGGUUUCGAACUUUUCAAUAACCAUACCUACGUUAUUCUUGGUGAUGGUUGUCUUCAAGAAGGUGUCACUGCCGAAGCUAUUUCCCUUGCAGGUCACUGGAAGCUCGGUAAAUUGAUUGCUCUUUAUGAUGACAAUGCCAUUACUAUCGAUGGUUCUACCGAAGUUUCUUUCACCGAAGAUACCAUUAAGCGUUUCGAAGCCUAUGGCUGGCACACUAUCAUCGUUGGUGAUGGUGAUAACGAUUUAGUUUCCAUCGAGAAGGCUAUCGAGGCCGCUAAGGCUGUCACUGACAAGCCUACUCUCAUCAAGGUCAAGACCACCAUUGGUUAUGGUUCUUUGAACCAAGGUGAAGAAAAGGUCCAUGGUUCUCCUCUUUCUGAUGCUGAUAUCAAGCAAGUUAAGGAGAAGUUUGGCUUCAACGGUGAGGAGAAGUAUGUUGUCCCUCAAGAGGUUUACGAUUUGUAUGCCACCCGUGCUGAACAAGGUGCUCAAGCCGAAGAAGCUUGGAAUGCUCUUUUCGCCCAAUAUAAGACCGAAUUCCCUGAAGAAGGUGCUGAAAUCGAGCGUCGUUUCUCUGGAAAGUUACCUCAAGGUUGGGAAGCUGCUUUGCCUCGUUUCACUCCUGCUGACCCCGCUGUCGCCACUCGUAAGUUGUCCGAAAGUGUUUUAACCGCUCUUUCUGAUGUCUUACCUGAAUUGUUGGGUGGUUCCGCUGAUUUAACCGGUUCUAACUUGACCCGUUGGAAGAAGGCUGUUGAUUUCCAACAUCCCUCCACCGGUCUUGGUGACUACUCUGGUCGUUAUUUCCGUUAUGGUGUCCGUGAACAUGGUAUGUUUGCUAUCAUGAAUGGUUUGACUGCCUAUGGUGGUAGCAUUCCCUUCGGUGGUACCUUCUUGAACUUCCUUACAUAUGGUUGGGGCGCCGCUCGUCUUUCUGCUUUGUCCCAUCUUCGUGUCAUCUAUGUCAUGACCCAUGAUUCCAUUGGUCUUGGUGAAGAUGGUCCUACCCAUCAACCUAUCGAGACUUUGGUCUUGACCCGUGCCACUCCCAACAUGUUGACUUUCCGUCCUGCUGAUGGUAAUGAGGUUUCCGGUACAUACUUGGUUGCUAUCGAGAACGAACACCGUCCUUCCGUCAUUGCUCUCUCUCGUCAAAACUUACCUCAAUUAGAAGGUUCUUCUAUUGAAGCUGUCCGUCGUGGUGGUUACGUUCUUCAAGAAGCUGAGGGUGCCAAGAUGAUUUUGGUUGCCACCGGUUCUGAAGUUUCUUUAGCUGUUGAUGCCGCCAAGGAAUUAGCUGCUCAAGGUAUCCCCACUCGUGUUGUCUCCAUGCCUUGUUCCGAACUCUAUGACGAACAACCUCAAGAAUAUAAGGAUACUGUCUUAUCUGCCGGUAUUCCCAUCAUCUCUAUCGAGGCUCUUGGUGUCACUGGUUGGGAACGUUAUUCUCAUGCUCAAGUUGGUAUGAGAUCUUUCGGUGCUUCUGCUCCCAUCAAGCAAUUAUACAACAAAUUCGAUAUCACUGUUGAGGCUACUGUUGCCAAGGCCAAGAAGGUCAUUGCCUACUACGAAAGUGCUGGUUAUGUUCCUCAAGUUGGUCUCCAAUUCUAAGCCAUUUAUCAAAUCACAUACCUGGGAAAAGAGAAAAAAAAAAGAUGAGGAAAAUCUUCAUGUCUUUUUGUUAAUAGAAUAUGCAAAUACACAAUAAUAAUAAAAAAAAUUCAAACAUUUGAUGCAUCAUAGAAA